AUGCCAUCCCUCAUCAUAAACGAUCAGAACAUCGAGCUUCGCUACACUGAUAGCGGUGCUCCUCCUAAGACCAGUUCUACCCCCUACAUCACGUUGUUCAUGGUUCAUGGCAUGGGCUUUACAGGCCCGAUCUUCAAGAAAAUCCAGGCUUUGGCGCAUUCUUCGAACCUCCGCGUCGUUGCCAUGAACCGACGUGGAUACGCGGGCUCUACCCCUCUUACUCAGGCAGAAGCGAAUGCUCCUGUAGUCGGUUCCGACGAGCAAAAGGCGGCGUAUCUUGCCGACAGAGGGAUAGAGAUCGCAAAUUUCGUAGACAGCUUCAUCCAGAAACACGACUUACCCCACAUCACCGCCGAUCGCAAGGGCGGCGGUGUAGGCCUUCUCGGUUGGUCCUCGGGAAGCGUGUCUGCUCUUUCCGCCGUGGCUUGGGUCGACAGAUUGCCAUCGGACACGCAGAGACGGCUGGCGUUGUGCAUGCGUUCGUUGAUUUUGCAAGAACCUCCGUCUAUCUCACUUGGCAUGCCAAUUCCCCCCGGAACUUGGAUGCCAAGGAUCGACCCCUCCAUCCCUGAAAAGCUGCAGUUGUCUAUGUUCGUCCAGUGGGGCACAUCAUAUUUCGAUCAUGGUGACUUGGCCACUCGCGAUCCCAACGUCCUGUCUUACAUCGUUCCCUCUGUAUCACGCCGGCCGUCGAUUUAUGCCAUGUCCGACGAAGACCGGCAGGACUUUAUGGAGGAUGUGUCCGAGAGCAAAAUAAUGGUUUCUGUCACAUCCCAGAGUCUUGCUAUGUUUCGGAAGGCGUGCUUCGAUCCCGAUGUGCGUGCACGGCUUCCGGAGCUGAAGAUAUGGACUUUGGCAGGGGAUGCUACGGUCUCGUUUGCGAUCGCGUCGUUUUGGACUAUCCAAGAUGAGGAUAAGGAGCGUGGCAGCGGUUUCGUCAAUUACAAAAUGAUCCCGGGAGCGAAUCACUAUGUGCACUGGGACGACCCAGAGAAAGCCGUUCAGGCCUAUAUUGAAGCGUUGGCGUAG